GCCAAAGGGGUACUCUGAUAUUCACCACCAGAUCACUCCGGGUUGCAUCUUGGCAGGAUUGCGAAAGGAUUGAUGUCGGAAAAAUGGGGGAGGAUGAAGCCACGGUAUUGUUUUCGAAACUCUGCGGUAACAGGAACAGUUCGAACGAGGAAGAGAAUGAGGCCAUCGCAUUAAUCUUAGGCUCUCUACACUACAUACCUCUAGCUAUCGUAGGAGCGGCAGCCUUCAUGACGGAAACCCAGACACCGCCAUCCGCAUACUGGACCAUUUUCCGGGGAAGCGACGAACAAGCAAGGAGACUCCUUUUACAGCCGUUUUGUGACAUACAACGAGAGGCGGACAUGACCGAAAGCAUCCUAGCCACGUACUUUAUCACCUUUGACCGAAUCACGCGGCAGAUGCCCCAAGCAGCAAAAAUUCUGCAUUUAAUUGCCUUCUUCGAUCGUCAGAACAUACCGGAGGAGCUAUUGAAUGAGAGUGGUUUGGAAGGGACGGAUGAUCCAAUCGAGUUUCGUCAGGCUAUUGGAAAACUGUUGGGAUUUUCGCUAGUUACAUCUGUGAAAACUCAGGACAAGACCCUUUACGAGCUUCACGGUUUGGUCCAGCUGUCUUUACAGGCAUAUCUACCAACAGAGGAGUUGAAUCGAUGGCGGGCCAAUGCGCUCGGAGUUGUUUCAAGGCUCUUUCCCCGGCAUUGGGACUCGUGGAGAGACGUUAGUUCCGCAUACAUUCCACAUGCACUCACUGUAACCAAGCAUUCAACCGAUCCCAUGGCCGAAGAGCUGUGUUUUCGCCUGGGAGAUUACUUUGUAGAUAUGGGUUUCUACAAAGACGCAGAGGUUCAAUUACGUCGAUGUAUAGCACUCCGGGAAGAGAAUAAAGACUAUGACUGGGAUGAGGAAGGUCCGAGGAGGGUUACGAUCCUGGGGUUCGUAAACAUAUGUCAGGGAAAGGCAGACGUGGCCGAGAAGAUACUGCGGGAUUUGUUAGAGGAUAUCGAGGGGUCAUUGGGCCCAAAUAAUCCCAUCGUCCUGGAGGCUUUCAGCUACCUGGCUCUGGCACUACGAGACCGUGGAAUGUACGGUGAAUCAGAGGCAAUACACCGGCGAGAGCUGGCGGGUUCCGAGAAGAUUCUUGGACAAGACCACCCGGACACCCUAACAAGUCUCGGCAGUCUAGCCAAUGUGCUACAAUCCCAAGGAAAGUACGAUGAAUCAGAGGCGAUUCACCGGCGAGAACUGGAGGGUUCCGAGAAGAUUCUUGGACCCGACCACCCAAGCACCCUAACAAGUCUCGACAACCUAGCCCUUGUGUUAAGAUCCCAAGGAAAGUACGAUGAAUCAGAGGCGAUGAAUCGACUUGCACUGGAGGGGCGCGAGAAGGUUCUUGGACCAGACCACCCAAACACCCUAACAAGUCUCAACAACCUAGCCAAUGUUCUACAAUCCCAAGGAAA